AUGAGUCGUAAACUUGGAAAGCCGCGCAUCACUGGCGGCAAAGCAUUCAAUACCCUCAGUCCCAGUACCUUCAGCACUUUCUCAAAUACAUCCAAAGGAACUGAUCUCUCCUACUUAACCGAACCACCCGACCUCUCCUCCAUCUCGGAUGCGAAUGUUGUCGUGUCACUUAAGAAUCUACAAAAGAAAGAUGCCACCACCAAAGCUAAGGCACUAGAGGAGCUAGUAGCAUAUGUUCAGGCGCAUCCACAUGAACGCGAUGGAGGUGCGGAGGAGCCUGUCUUGGAAGCCUGGGUUCAACUAUACCCUCGUAUAUCAAUAGAUAACUCCCGCCGCGUCCGCGAACUCUCCCAUGUCCUUCAAUUCGAGUUAAUGAAAUCCGCUCGCAAGCGCACCGAGAAGCACAUUCCCCGAAUCGUAGGCUCUUGGCUUGCCGGUACUUUUGAUCGGGACAGGGCCGUCUCACGCGCAGCUACAGAAGGACUGUCUUCUUUUCUCACAACCCCUGAGAAAGUCGUCCAAUUUUGGAAGCGCUGUCAAUCGCAAAUUAUCGACUAUGCGUCUAAUGCGAUAAAGGAGACCCCCGAGACUCUUAGCGAUGAGCGAUCCACGAGCGCUGACGAUGCGCAGGCCAAGUACUACCGAGUUCUGGGCAGCAGUCUUGCGUUUGUCCUAAAUCUCUUACAAAAGCUUGAUAAUUCAGAUCUUGAGAAAUGCCAAGACGAGUACGAUCAGUUUUUUGAGCAGGAUAAAGUCUGGGCGAGUAUUGCUGCCAGCGAUGCCGUUGUUAGGCGACUAUCCUGCCAGCUUUUGUCAAUAUGCCUAGAAAAACGGAACGACCAGAUCGGAGCAGAUCUCGCUAGACUCAGUAAGACAUUUAUCGUCGAAGGCCUAAGAUCUAGCCAGGCCGGUUCUGCAUCAGAAUAUGUCAGUACCUUGACUGAUUUGACAGCAAAACAUCCAUCUGUGUGGACGUCCGACUACCGUGGAAAGAAGUCACCAACAUCAAGAUUAAAAGUAUUCCUGGAGAAAGGCUCGCAGAGUAGUACUUCUAGAUUUUGGAUUUCGCUCAACCAAUUAUUGAAUGUUCUGCCUGCCGGUAUUCUUCCAGAAGAUCUAUCCGAUUCUAUGGAAUUUCUCAAAUCUAUGAGACUAGGUCUCAUGAGCAGAGAUGAGGCGCGCAGUAAUGCCGUUGAUGGCUGGUCAACUUAUCUUAGCACCGCAAGACGCUUUACUGAAACGAUGAAAUCUAGUGAGGGCAGAGAGAAGUUAGUUCAGGAAAACAUAUUCCCUCUCAUCGCACAUUAUCUGCAUCCAACCCCGGAAACAUAUUCGUGGGCCUCCGGAACCCAACAGCCUGUUCUUAUCAAAGCAUACACUCUAACCGCAACCUCGCCGUUUGAAGAUGUCGUAAAGGUAACCAAGGCAGAAUGGUGCCAGUGGAAAAAGGAUCUCCAAGAUCGCAUUCGCAACUCACUGCCCGAGGCGUCUAAGGAGUACGAAAAGUCCCAAAAAUCAGUAGCCGAUGAAGGUCACCGGUGGUUUACUUUCACAGGCCUGAUUUCCAAUGCCCAUGGACAGACACUUGGAGGUGACCGUCCGAUCCCAGAUAUACCAGCUGAAUAUUCUCUGGAGCUACUCCAGGACAUCUUCCGAGUAUUAGAAACGAGAAACUGGAAGCCAUUUGGGGCAGCCGCAAUCUUGGAGUCAGCCUUCAAGCAGUCUCCAAAACUCUUUAGUCAAUCCUUGGAUGGCAUAAAUGAAGUGAUAGGCCUCCUAACGAGUCUGUUGUCAAGGAAUGGGGCAGAAAUCCUUUCAAUGCCCGCCGCAACUUACAUCUUCUCAGCCAUUAAUCUACUUGGUCAAGUUCCCGAACAACAGGAAGGAUAUCAUAAAAUUUGGAAUGCGAACAUCACAGCUCUUUUGGAGCACGUUGAGAGCUCAGGAGCUUUGCCGGCAUUAACUACACUCAUUUCUAAUCGGAAUGCGGUCGUUCUCGCCCAACAGAAUCAGGACUUGCAAAGAGAACUGAUUAAGCGGUGUCUGAUGUGCUCUGUUGGUGCAACAGACGUAGGGUGGGAACUCUUCAACGCUGUACUAACAUUUGAUACGCUAACAAAUACGGCUGCAACACGACUUGCCCGAGAGCUUGGGAGCCGUAUUACGAAUACUUUAGGCCAGCCCAACGAAGGGGUGAUUAAGGGGUUGCGACUUAUAGCUGAAAGGACACCAGAUAUUUUACUGCGUGAUGAGGAAGCUCAUAUGAAUUUGAUGACUGGCUUACUAGCUGUGUCUGAACGAUUUGAUGCUACUUCUGAUAUAACCGCAUUAAGGUCUUUGAUGGAUCAUCCUUCAACCAGUGGUUCCCGGUCACUUGAGCUGGUGCGGCAAGGCAUUUCUAACGCCGAUUCGAACUCGCUUGCAGUCGAUACGCUUGUUCAGCAAGCCACACAAAUCCUUAGCUCAAUCACAAUUUCCUUGACCGAUACAAAUCGAAGCGAACAACUAGAAUGCGUAAUACCAGACACAGACAUAUGGAAACAGGAACUGGCCCCCUUUUUGGAAGUUGCACCCAAUCCAUCUCUCGCCCUUACGAAUGGUCUUGGUGGCGCUUAUUUUCUCACUCCAUCGUCCACAGACUCGCCAUCCCCAACUAUACGGAGAGAUCGAGACGGAUGUUCCAUUCCUGGGCGCAUGGCAAUAUACAGCAGCAGGUUACUCUUGGCAGAUUUUGAGCUCGAUUCGUUACCACUGCAAAAACGAGUAGAGACCGUAAUACUGCUGGGGCUGACUGCGGAACUUGUCACGGACCAACUGACAGUGAUGAGUGAAGAUAGUAUAUGGAGGUCAUUAUCUUCCGAAGCCGCUCUAUCAGAUGCUGAAAAUUUGAUAUCAUCUGCGCGAAGGUUUUUGCUUGGCAUUAGUGAGGACGCGGCAGGUUGGAGAGAUGGAGCUGGCACAGCUAAGUCACAACUAGUAAACGCCAUUAUCCGAACAUUAAUCGACGAAGCAAGGCAUUUAACAUCCAAAGGCUUAUACUAUGCGCGAGUCCUUAGUAAUCUUCUUCAGGCAUUGGUAGAGAGCCACGGUUUACCAUCCAGUGGAGAGCAAUGGUUGGAGAACUUGGAUUUUCUGAAGACCAGUACCGUGUCGGUUCUCCCGGCUGUCGCAGUCCUUAGCGGUCUCGGCGAAUCAGCGUCGACCUCGAAAAUCGUCAACAAAUUCUGCAACCGCCUGAUCAGUGAUAUUGCAGGGGCGAACGUCGGCCAGGAGAAAACGCUCACAUCCCUUGUGCUCCUCAACACCUGUACGCAAAUAUACGACAUUGGAGAGCUUCCAGUUGCUAGUAACCGGUUGGUUUUCGCCGUCAGACAACUUACAUCAUGGCUUGAAACCCCUAGUGACCUCGAUUAUCGCUUCGCAGCAGAGGUAUGCCGUUGCCUUCAGCGCCUCCUUCCAUGCAUCAAGGAUGUAUAUGGAUCUUAUUGGGAGAGCGCUGUGGAAUUCUGCAUUUACAUCUGGACAAAAUCGAUGACCAAGUCCCUCGAUCACAGGUUACCGGCGAUUUGUUCCUCCCUUCGCCUGAUUGCUACGCUACAGUCAAUCGAGGACCCUAACGAUGAUCUAGUUGAUGUCCUAGAAUCUUCUAUGGAGAAGCGAUCAACUGCAUUGAUCGAACUACUCAAAGUGCCUCGAGAGCACAAUACCCAGCCUCUCGAGAUUGUAGACUCCAUCAUCAGUCGUCAUUUGGAAAAAGUCCCUCUGGAGCAUAUAAGGGAUCUCUCGGAGUUGUACGGGCUAGUGGCAAGCGAAUCGCGGGCUAUCCAAAUAGCAGCAUUUACUAUGCUUCACAAGGCGCUCCCCGCUGUUCAGGAGAAGCUUUCGUUGGAUAUUCUACUAGAAAAGAGGGAUGCCCAGCUCCCUGAUGAACUUUUGUCUCUUCUUCUCGAUGCGCCAACGCUUGAGACUUACCCCGACGAAGUCCUGACUCAUUUCCCUGCACCCAUCCGCUCUUAUCUUCUCUCAUGGCACUUGGUGUUUGACUCCUUUCGAUCGGCCACCUUCAGAGUGCGUAGUGACUAUACCGAGAACAUCAAGGCAGCCAAUUAUAUUGGACCUUUGAUGGAAUUCACCUUCGACGUUCUUGGCCAUUCAGCGGCCCACCCCCUGAAUCUAGACAAGGCCAAUUUCACGGCGGAACAGAUUCGGGAGUAUGAUGUGAAGCUCGCUGGGGCAGAAACUGAAGAAAGGGAUAUGCAGUGGCUCCUGAUUCAUCUAUAUUAUCUGGUACUCAAAUACGUACCUGGCCUUUUCAAGGCAUGGUACAUUGAGUGUCGCUCAAAGCAGACAAAGAUUGCGGUCGCAAGCUGGAUGACCAAACACUUCUCGCCAAUUAUCAUAUCAGAGGCCCUAAAUGAUGUUUUGGAAUGGAGCACGACUCAGGAAGCUCCCGGGGAAGAUGAGAAAGAGCUGGUUGUGAGAGUAAGCCACGCCGCUAAAGAGGUAACAGCCGGCUACGAGGUAGACGAGCAAGAAGCCCUGAUUGCGAUACGGGUUCCGCCUAACUAUCCGCUCGAAGGUGUAUCGGUGACGAGUGUCAAUCGGGUCGUAGUCAACGAGAAGAAAUGGCAAAGCUGGAUCAUGACGACGCAGGGCGUCAUUACUUUUUCGAGCGGGAGCAUCAUCGACGGCCUAGCGACUUUCCGUCGCAACAUCGUGGGCGCCAUGAAGGGACAGACUGAAUGCGCCAUCUGCUACAGCAUUAUCAGCACUGACAAGAGGAUGCCAGACAAGCGUUGCCAAACGUGCAAGAAUCUGUUUCACCGCACUUGUUUAUACAAGUGGUUUCAGAGCAGCAACCAAAACACAUGCCCUCUAUGUCGGAACCCUAUUGACUAUCUCGGCGGUGACACGAAAUCAAGGAGAGGGGGCUGA